AAAGUAAUAGCUUUGCGAGGGUAUCUACUAGGUGCCCUAAAGUUAAUUUUGCUUAGAAGAUUUGGUGCGUCUAUCUGGUUUCUCAGUAAUUUGUAUAAGAAUGUGAGAUCUAAUAAGUCCCUUCUUUUAUCGAGCGUCAAAAAUCUAAAGUGCCUUAUACGGUCACUAUAUGAGACGACUGUUUUGUGAAUAUUUGCUGUAUAAGAUAGAUGCCACAUAAAUCUUUUUUGAACACGCUCCAGUCUUAGAUAGUGGGUAGCAUAAUGUGGUCGCCAAACCACACUGCAGUACUCUAGAUGAGGGCGGACCAGAGAAUUGUAUAAUAUAACUUUAGUAUUGAGUUGCUUGAAGGGUCGGCCUUGACGCAUAAUAAAUCCUAGUAAUUUCGAUGACUUUUUAAUUACACUGUCCAUAUGAUUAAUAUAAGUUAACUUGCGAUCUAACAGAACACCUAGGUCUCUGAUGAGGUCUACUUCCGUAAGCGUUUACCAUUGAAGGUGUAUUGCGUUGGUAUGAUGUUACGAUUACGUGUGAAUUUGAUAUGCACACAUUUGUUUAGAUGAGUUGCAUACCAUUUGAUUUGCACCAAGUUGAUAAUCUUUAGAUAUCCUUUUGUAAUAUCGGAGGUCGAAUCAGACAUAGUGCAAAUUGUUUUUGUAAAUUUCAAAUCAUCCGCAUACAGAUAAGGUGAAGAAUGUUCAAAACAAUAAAUAAUGUCAUUCACAAAUACGUUAAAUAAGAUUGGCCCGAGGUGGUAAAUUGUUUAUUUUUUAAUUUUUAACAAAUUUAUUUAAUCAAAAUAGUUGCCAUUAUUAUCUAUACAUUGCUGCCAUCUAAUGGGAAGGUCAUUAAUGCCUUUGCGAUAGAACUCCGACGAUCUAGACUGCACAAACUGUGUGAAAGCAUUUUGUACUGCCUCCUGGGAAGAAAACUUCUUGUCACGUAGAUAAUUGUCCAAAUCAUGAAAAAAAUGGUAGUCCGUUGGAGCAAGGUCUGGUGAAUACGGAGGAUGACGAAUAGUUUCUAACUGCAGUUCCUGAAGGGUUAAAAUGGUUUCUCCUGCUGUGUGAGGUCUCGCGUUGUCGUGGAGCAAUAAUGGUGAAGAUCGAUUCACGAGUCGGGGCUGUUUAACUGCUAGUUUUGUCAACAUGGUUCGGAGUUCGGCACAAUAGACAUUUGCCGUUAUUGCUUGACCAGAUCGGAGAAAACUAUAGUGAAUAACACCAUGCUGAGACCACCAAACAGUUACCAUUACCUUUUUAUUGGUAAGUUUUGCUUUAGGACACUGUUGUGGCAUUUGACCUGGGGUCAGCCAUUUCAUUUUUCUUUUCCGGUUAUCAUAAAGAAUCCACUUUACAUCACAUGUUACAAUUCGAUCCAAUAUUCCUUCAUUUCUGUACCGGGUAAACAAGGCAACACAAGUUUCAACACGCGUUUCUUUCUGCAGAUCAGUCAAAUCAUGAGGCACCCAUUUUUCGUAUUUUUUUAUUUUAUUGAUUUGACGCAAGUGAGUCAAUAUUGUGGGUAAGGUAACGUUAAACCAUGCCGUUAAUUCCUGGGUAGUUUGACUAGGAUCGGCUUCCACUAUCUCUCUUAAUUCAUCGUUAUUCAUCUGUGUGGGCGGUCUUCCUCGUGGCUCAUUCUUUAAGUCGAAAUUUCCAUGACAAAAGCGUUUAAACCAAAAUUGCACGGUGCGUUCAUUAGUAGACCCCUCUCCAAACGCAGCAUUGAUAUUGCGGGCUGUUUCUGCCGCGUUAGCUCCGUGUCGAAACUCGUAUUCAAAAAUCACUCGAAUUUUCACAGUAUCCAUCUUUCUUGACUAAAUUGAAUAACAAAAACAAUUGAAAGCCGAUAUUCAAAUGUUUCACAUUUUUUAAAAAAAGAACAUCAUAGAAACCAUUUGAAAAAAGUUUCAUUCGAAAACCUCAAACCAUGAAGAUUCUAUGUCAAUUCAAAAAACCUAUUGCAAUAAAACGGUAAUUUCAUACUUUAACCCCUAUUAUAAUACGUAAUAUAAAAUAUAGCACUCCCCGAUAACGUAGCCACAGUAGAUUACUGUGACGUAGCAUUCUACUGGUGAGAGAAUUUUUAAAAUCGGACCAGUAGUUCCGAAGAUUACCCCUUACAAAGAAUUGUCACAAAAUUAAAAACGUUACCUCUUUAUAAUAUUAGUAUAGAUUUAUUUUUAAGUUGUCAUUAUUUCCACGCAACAUAGAAUUAACUUUAUAAUUCAUAUAUUGAAAUUCCAAUUAUGUAAUAAUUUAAAUAUUUAUAAUUCAUACAUUUAUAUUCAAAUUUUAAUUAUGUAAUCACAUUUUACAAUGAUAUUAAAACUACGUACCUAUCUAUAAUUAGUUCAGGCGUCGCAGAAUUCGUCCGAAUCGUCGAAUUUAUUAAUAUUUCAUAAUAUUUAUUAAAUUAAUUUGUUCUUAGACCGAUAUUAAUAAUUAGUUGUAGUUUAAACAUUUUUAAACUAUUCCAAUUUGUUUAACUAACUGUAUUUUUUUGAACUAAGUAACUCAAUUAAAUAAGGAUUAAAAAUAAAUAAGUAUUUUACUUUUUUUUAUUAAUCUAUACUUAUAAUAAAACUGUAGCAGGUCCAAUUCUGCACAUUGAAAAUAUUUUGAAAAUUUUGAAUCAUACACAGCGCGUGGCCCGACACGCACUUGACCGUUUUUUUUCUAAAUUCUCAUUGAUAUUAUGCGGGAAGUUUUUUCGUGAUUUUGUAUAAAAUAGGUAAGUUUAUCAAUGCGCUGUUCUGCGCGGGACCAACGGCGCUCAGAGGCCUGGCAUUGCGGCGACAGAAACUAUCAGCUGACCAACAGAGGUCGCUGGGCGAGGCUCAUCGCGAUUAGCUUUAUAGUGUUGUGUGUUUGUCCGUCAGCGCUGGCGGUCGGCGUCGCGCUGUGGGCCGCGGGCCUGCCGCGGGGGCUGCGCGGGCUCGGCGAGCGGCUGGGCGUGGCGCUCCUGCGGGCUGACUCCGUCAUCGACGGCGAGGAAUUCGACUACAUCGUGGUGGGCGCGGGCGCGGCGGGCAGCGCGGUGGCGGCGCGGCUGGCGCUGAGCGGCGCGCGCGUGCUGCUGCUGGAGGCGGGCGGGCAGCCGGGGCUGGCCAGCGAGAUGCCCGGCGCCGCGAUGUCGCUGUCCGCCUCGUCCAUCGCCUGGCACUACGACACGCUGUCCAACAACAAGUCGUGUCUCGGCAGCGUGGGCGCCGCGUGCCGCUUCACGCGCGGGCGCUGCGUGGGCGGCUCCACCGGCCUCAACUACAUGAUGUACACGCGCGGCAACCGGCGCGACUACGACUACGGGCUGCCCGGCUGGAGCUGGGAGCGCCUGGAGCCCUACUUCCUGCGCUACGAGGGGCUCUACGACGCGCGCCGCCUGCCCGCGGCCUCCGCGCGCCACCACAACACGAGCGGCGUCGUGCCCGUCGGCUUCUUUGGCGACUCCGCCAACCCGUGGCACGAGCGCGUCGUGGAAGGGCUGGAGGCGCUGGGCGUGCCGUACAACCCCGACGUGAACGCCGCCUCGCAGAUCGGCGUGUCGCAGGUGCUCGGCUACACCGCGGGCGGCGCGCGCGUCAACGUCGCGCGCGCCUACCUCGGCCUGCCGGGCGUGCGGCGCGCGCUGCGCCUGGUCACGCACGCGCGCUGCACCGGCGUCAUCAUCGACGAGCACAACGUCGCGCGCGGCGUGACGGUCGCCGGGGGCGCGCACGGGAGCCUGCGGCUGUACGCGCGCCGCGAGGUGGUGCUGAGCGCGGGCGCCGUGGCUACGCCGCAGCUGCUGAUGCUGUCGGGCGUGGGGCCGCGGGAGCACCUGCGGCGGCUCGGGAUCGCCGUGCGCGCCGACCUGCCCGUCGGGGAGGGCAUGGCGGACCACGCGGUGUCCCCCGUGUACGUGCGCGUGGACGACGAGCGCGGCGCCGCCUCGCCGCUGGCCGCGCUCGGCGCCAAGGGGCUGCAGGCGGCGCAGUGGCUGGCCGCGCGGCGCGGGCCGCUCGCCUCCAUCGGGCUGACGGACGUGACGGCGUUCGUCAACACGGCGUGCUACGACUUCGCGCGGCGGCGCCUGCUGCGCGACCGGCCCGAGUGCGAGCUGCCGAGCGUGCAGCUCAUCCACGCGUACGCCGAGCGCGGCUUCGGCCGGCUGGCGCGCGCCGCCGUGCGCGACAUGAUGGCGCAGCGCGACGACGUGUUCGAGGACGUGUUCUCGGCCAACGACGAGAGCAGCUUCGUCGUGGUGUCGCCCGUGCUGCUGCAGCCGCGCUCGCGCGGGCGCGUGCGCCUGGCGAGCGCCGACCCCGCGGCGCCGCCCGCCAUCGAGCCCAACUACCUGGCGGACGAGCGCGACGUGGCGGAGCUGGUGCGCGCGCUGCGGCUCGUGGAGCAGCUGGUGCGCGCGCCGGCGUACGCGCGCCACAACGCGUCCGUGCUGCGCGUGCCGGUGGGCGCGUGCGCCGGCGAGUACUGGGCGUGCUACGCGCGCCACAUGACGCAGUCGGUGCAGCACGCGGUGGGCACGGCGGCGCUGGGCCGCGUGCUGGACGCGCGCCUGCGCGUGCGCGGCGUGCGGCGGCUGCGCGUGGCGGACGCGGCGGCGCUGCCCCGGCUCCCGCGCGGCAACACCGCGGCUGCCGUGCUGGCGCUGGGCGAGCGCGCCGCCGACCUGCUGCUGGAAGACCGCUGGCGGCUGAAAUGACGGCGCGCGGACGGUUCGUGGAGAUGCGCCUGGCGGCCUGCGGGGUAUCAGCAAAGAGAGGAACGAGCUGGAUGACGGCUUCAUCUCUGUGUUAAGGAUUUGCGAAGGCCACGGUCUAGAGGUUUCGACCGACCCUGCGUUUUCCGCCGCUACCAUCCAAUAUCCAUUCAACUUCCUGGGAGCAGUACACAUCGGUUUUUGAUUUGAUUCGAUUGGCAGGUAGUUCGGGCUGGCAGCGGAAUCUCUCCCGGACAUUAUUGACACCCACCGUUACAUCACCGCUGUGAAAUGUUCGUAAAGUUUACAAUUUCAAGUAGUCCACAGCUAGCUCUGACGACUCUAUACAAAACAGAAUAUUCGUAAUACUGUAGACACUCCUCCCACAAACUAUGAGGAAAAUGUUUUCAGAUGAUUGCUUUCUUAUGAAACAAAUACUUGUGUAAUUUUUCCUGAAAAUCUAUCUUAUAAUUCUAUUGAGUAUUCUUCAGUACAAAACUAUAGCAGGUAAUUUAGUUUAUUAUAAAUUAGAAAAUGAGUCUAUAUUUAUCUACCUACAUUUAUUAUUGUUUCACAAAAACAUGUGUUCACAAAAACAUACAUUUGUGAUUUGUUCAUUAAGAAUAAAAUAAGUAUUUAACUACUCUAGACCUUAUGUAAUAAGUAUUAUUAAAAACAAAAACAAAUAUUUAUUACUAUGCCGAGACACAGAAAAACAUAAUAUGGCCGAGAGUAGGUAUAUUUUGUAGGUAGUUAACCGACUUCUUUUAGGUACGAUUAAUAUUAAAUAGGAGUAGAUGCACGUAGAUGUAAUUUUUUUGUUGACCAUGAAAAUUAUCAGUAUUAGUGUGUUAUUAUAACUAUUUAUUUUCUUUUUAAUGAUCUUGUGUUAUUUCGAUCGAUUAUUAUUUUUAGGUUUGGAUAAAGAUGUGUGGAUAAAGAAAACUCUUUCGUGCGCCUGCUGUAGGACUGACACCAACAGUUUCACUUCAAAUCGAAAGUUCAGUCGACCACGCAUACGGACAUCGUUUUGUUAUUUACAUUCAUUCUACAGACAUUCUACAUUUCAAUUUUAUAUUAUUAUACACUAACGGACGCCCGCGACUUCGUCUGCCCUUAGAAUUCUUUAAUCCAGCCCUUACAGACUACAGUACUAUCGCUGUAAAAAUGGAGUAACUUCUCUCGUUUUGCCGACAGUUCCCUUUACUGCUCUACUCCUAUUGAUAGUAGCGUGAUGAAAAGUACCCAUACUAUAACCUGCCCAGGAGUAUGAAGAAUAUUGUACCAAGUUUCGUUAAAAUCCGUCUAGUAGUUUUUGUUUCUAUCACGAACAUAAAGACAGACGAAAAUUUUACUGAUUGCAUUUUUGGCAUCAGUAUUGAUCACUGAUCAUCCCCUGAUAGGUAUUUUGGAAAUAGAUGUACAUUGUACGUACAUCCUCAUCCGAACCUGGACCCUAGACUUAUGCCGCAGCCACGAUAUGCUCGUCGCGCUGAAAUGAAAUGCUAUGCUCGUCGCUGCCGGAUGAAAUCGGACUGAACAUUUCAAUCAUUCAAAAAAGAAAACUUUAUAAAAAAGCUCAGCACUUCAUUUUCUGACCAAGAACUCGAACCCCGCGCCUCGUAAUUUGAAGCAAUAUGAACUAAUCACUGGACCAAAGAGGCGGUUCAUCGUCGUUUUGGGACCCUUUAUGACGUAGGAUCGGUGCAAUAUUUACCUAUUUUCCGCGGAAACCUGACAGAUGUGUGAGGAGGCGCUACACAGUCGCACCAGUGGGAUGUCGGAGGGAAUGUCUAUUUGAUUACACGCUCGCAAAUAAAAUAGCAAAGUCAAUUUGAUCGCGUCACUUACUAGCUCGCUCUCAGCUGAGUGUCGCUGCAGGCGCCGCGCUCACAGCUGUAGCUGUAGUAGGUACCUACCUAGCAGUGGCGAAGAAUGGCAUUUUGGCGAAGGUAAGCCGUCUCCAGGAAUAGGAAAUUCAUACCGCUUAAUACAAACUCCGGUUUCUCAUACAUCCAUACAUAUUCGUUACAAUGAUAAAUGAAAUUUUUUAAAAGGUAACCCGACGGGAAUCUGCCUGUAUGGACCGCCAAGUGGUUAGCAUUCUGGUACGACGCCGCGCUGAAGCCGGCAGUGGUACGGGUAGAAAAAACUUGUACCUCUUCUAAGUGAGUCCGCUUCCAUCUUAGACUGCAUCGUCACUUGACAUUAGGUGAGAUCGCUGUCUAAGUUGUCGUUGCAUAUUAAAAAAUAAAUAUCCAAAGCAUGGCGUCCGUGUUAUCUACCAUUAUGAUAUAAGUGCGCUAAGUUGAAAAUUACAGUCGCAUAUUUAUAUUGCAGCUCGAGCCGAAGGUGAGAGCUAUAGUAAGGAAGCAGAGGCUGUUAUUAUCAAAGCGCACGUAUGUCAUAUGACGUUUUAUAACACAUUUGCGAGGAAACGCACUUUGAACACACUUUUUGAAAACGAAUUUGCAUCUUUGCCUGUUUUUCUUAUGAUGACAUUUUUAUACGCGCACAUAUAACGAAGUACGCACACCAGCGUUUGUUUUUUUUUAUACAAAUGCACCAAAAACAGCCAGAUAAUAAAGUAAAUUAAUAUUUUUGUGUUUCUAUCUACAUGGUUGACAUUUAUUGUCAAAAUUAUUGAAAUUAAAGAAUUAAAUGGCUUUUUAUUAUAUUUUAUCUCACAAAGUUAAUUUUAUUUAUAACAUUUUAAGCACUUUUCUGACAUGAAAACUCUUUGCCAAGAUUUAAAAAGUACCGUUUUCGCAGUUCGAUUUUAGACGGAUGACCAAAGGUUUUAUAUUACAUUACGGCACAUGUGCAUUUUACUUUACAUUACAGUACAUGUGCUUAAUGAGAUAAUUUAUUACGAUAUUGAAAAUGGUGAAAUAAGCGAUACUUUAACGAUAAAGUACAUUAUUAGGUAAAAUGUUCUCUGAGUAACACACAAGUAGUGAGGCCCUCGCUCCGAGACGCUGUUUGACUAAGAAACUUUGAUGAGCGCACUUGCUCCAGAUAAUCUAAAUAUAUAUUGCGUUUUGAUCUCGAAGGGUCGUUUAUUUAGGGGUUAUGUUGCGGGUGGAAGGUGGAGGGUGGAGGGGCACGUCGGGGCAGAGUCGUACUGCAAGACGGUAUAAUGUUUCACGAAGAUUUCGACGAUCCAUACAAAAUUGCUCUACUAUUUAUAAACAAACAAAAGAAUAAUUAUCCAAAUCGGUUUAGGCGUCAUCGAAUAAUCGCGUAACACCUGCCGAAGGGGUUAUAUUUAGUGGAGCUAUCAAGUGUCUGACAAACGUUCUGGUGAAUCAAAGUAUCUGACACUUUUGAUACUGCUUCAGAAUAUUAAUAUUAUUAUAUAAAAAGCCAGCCAUUGGCAUUUAAGUUAUAAAACUUUGUUUUACUUACCUUUCUCACUGGUACGUGCCCAGGUGUCACAGAGCAAGUCUCCACAAACACAAAGGCGCAGGUUUGACGCACAUGAGACGCUACUGAACACGCAAGUUUUCAUCGUUUGAGAAAUUGAGAUCUGUCCGAUGGCACUGGGAUCUUGUUCUGUUACUUGUUAGCAUACUUAUUAAACUUGGCAAAAAAAAAUAGGCACCCAGUUUGAUCAGGGUCGCUGAAGCUUUCUCUCAAGCAAACUGUGGUACAUAUUAUUAUGUAUUCUGUGCUGUUCUUGAGCAUAUUAUGUUUUCUGUGGCUGUGGCUAAGUUGCGAUCCUACGGUUUAGCGCAUAGACAAUGAGGUUUCUUUUAUAGCAUAUUUUUGUUGCUUACGUUACCAGAGAGCCCUAAGUUUUUAAUUGUAAUUAGAGGUUCGAUAAUAUUUAAAAAAUAAUUUUAGAAUAUUUCAUUAAUGAAAAUGAAACAAAGUAUUUAUGUAAGUAGAUAUAUGAUGUAAAAUGCAUGCUAAUUACAGCAUUCAGCGUUAUAGCAUUCAUUAGUCAAUUAACACUUCGUUUUUAAUAUAAAAAAAUAAUUAUCAAUUAACACUUCAAAAAAAAUUGCAAUUAAUGAUUAAUGAUAUAUUAAAUGUAUACCUAUCUAUAGUUGUAACCGACCCACGAUCAUCUGUCCGUCGCUAGCACGUGUUGACAUAGUCUACUCUUCCAAAUUGGGCAAAAUGUGGCUCGGACAAGGUAAGACAAGGAUUAACUACUGCUGAUUGUACUCAUAUGGCCGGGCCGGGUGGACCUGUGCCCACCCUACAAUGGACCUGUGCCCACCCCAGAAUGGACCUGUGCCCUCUCUAGAAUGGACCUGUGCCCACCCUACAAUGGACCUGUGCCCACCCCAGAAUGGACCUGUGCCCUCUCUAGAAUGGACCUGUGCCCACCCUAGGAUUCUGGGCUACCGAUAUGGAAUUUUAUUAUGAUACUAAUAAUAGAUUUAAGGCCCACCCUAGGAAAUAAACCUAGAUACACCAAGUUAAUUUAUAAGUUAAUGUUUUCUCAUAUUCCAAAAACAAACAUUUGGAAGUUCAGGCAAUUGGGUCGGUUUUCAUCUUUAGACAAGGAAUAAAAUCAAUUAUUUCAUGAGGUAGGUAUUUAUGACAACUUUAUAAAGUCAAA